AUGGUUCUCUCUGCUCUCUGGUUUCUCUUAGCAGCUCUGCUUUUCUAUUUCUCAAUUCGAAAGCCACCAGGCUACCUACGGUACUCUCUAGGCGCUCUUCACAUCUUUUGUAUGAUAAGCAGCUUAAUCGUAGACUGCUUCAUCCCAAGCCCCUAUUCGGAAACAUGGAUGUUGUUCGUUAUUGCAACUAUCUUACAUGCAUUCGCCAUUCUAUUCACCCAACGGAAAGUUGUUUAUGACCCCUCGAAAAGGUUGAAGGAUAAUCUCAGGGACACAUUCUGGAUUUGGAGCAAUCUACGCCAAAUAUCGUUCACCAAGAGAGUUGCUACUCCUGAUACGAAGAAUGGUGUGAUAACCGCUCGCACGCUCUUUGCACUCACAAAAUCAUUUCGAAUCCUAACCUUAUGGUUCAUGAAUCGUUUCAUUAGUUGGUUAACUCUUGCAUCUUUCGUAAGGCUUCAAAUCAACAUCGAAGACUUUGCACCGGAGAAACAAGGCCUCCUACCUCCCAUGACUCCUCGAGAUCUAUCUCUGCGAAUAGUGAUAUCAUCCUACUGGAUUUCGAGUAAUUAUUUUACGGUUAAUCUGGCCUACGAUAUAUUUUCUGUCCUGUUUGUGUCUAUUUUACAAUGGGACAUGCCUUCGGAUUGGACAUAUGCGUUUGGUAGUGUUUCCGAAGCAUACACACUUCGUCGGUUUUGGGGGGUUUUCUGGCACAAAUUCCACGUCGAAGUCAUUACUGCUUACACACCAUCUUACUUCUGUUGGAAAGAAGAUGAGUGUUGGAAGAGGUCUGUUAGGAACAACCUUAGAGCGCUGUGGAUUUUUCUAGUGUCGGGGGUUUGCCAUGGGCUCGUGAACCUGGCACUACAGAGGGAUUCGAUGAGACAAGACAUCAGGUUCUUUCUCUCUAAUUAUAUCAUAUGCUUGGUUGAGACGGUUGUAAAGUCUUUUAUUUGGAAGAGAUCUUCGCAUAGCGUCGCCUCGAGUCUUUGGCUGCGACUUUUAGGAUAUGUCUGGGUACUAUGUUUCUUCGUCUGUACCGUACCAGCUUGGAAAUAUCCUUUGGUAUAUACCUCUGUAAUAGCAUAG